AUGCUUCUCGUGGUGAAUCUCCAGGCGCUGUUUCUUCUGUGGGCUUGCAGCGUAAUCACCGUCGAUGCACAAUCUGGGACUGUCACCGAGAGUAUCAACCCUGCAGCGACUAAUGUCACCUUAGCUCAAAGCUCUGCUCCUGCAGUCGCCAGCACUCUGGCAGGUACAGUAGGUAACGGAGCUGUAUCGCAACCUAGUCUGCUUGAUCAGAUAGAUCAAGCAAUCGUCCAGGCUGUAGCAGAUACCAAAAACGCCCUCCAAAAGAUUUUGGCACCGGAGUUGUAUUACUCCUAUGGCAGAUCACCGCCUGUUUACCCAUCUCCAAAUGGUGUUGGAUUGGGUGGCUGGACCACGGCAUAUGCUCAGGCAAAGGCUCUCGUAUCUCGAAUGACCAACACUGAGAAAGCUAUCGUCAGCCUUGGUUCUUCUCAAAAUUACGGUUGUUCAGGCUUCGUUGGACCCGUGUCUCGUCUCGGUUUCUCUGGAGUUUGUUUGAACGACGCCGAGAGUGGAGUUCGCGGCGGCAAUCUGGUCAACGGCUACCCAUCCCAGCUGAGCGUUGGUGCAUCUUGGAACAGAACUCUGGCCUACGCCAGAGGGCAAGCAAUCGGUCGCGAAUUCAAGGCAAAAGGAAUCAAUGCUGCCCUGGGACCGGUCGUAGGUCCCUUGGGCCGCAUUGCUAAGGGCGGCCGCAACUGGGAAGGGUUUACAAACGAUCCCUAUCUUGCUGGCGGUCUGGUUGGCCCCACCAUCAAAUCGAUGCAAGAGUCUGUCAUUGCGGUUGUCAAGCACUUUGUCGCAAAUGAACAGGAAACGAACCGCAACCCGUUCUUACUCGGACUUAUUCCACAGCUCGGCAAGCAAGCUGUGUCCUCAAAUCUGGACGACCGCACCAUGCACGAACUCUAUAUGUGGCCAUUCUAUGACGCUAUCAGAGCAGAACCUGGUUCGGUCAUGUGCGCAUACAACCGCAUCAACGGCAGCCACGCCUGUCAAAACUCCAAGCUGAUGAACGGCCUGCUCAAGACAGAACUUGGCUUCCAAGGGUUCGUCGUCAGUGACUGGGGGGCGACCCAUACAGGUAUCGCCAGUAAUAACGCUGGCCUAGACAUGGUCAUGCCGCAGUCAUCCCAGUUGACACCUUCAUCACUUUCCUUUGCUGUCCUCAAUGGAUCUAUCAAAUCAUCACGCCUUGACGAUCAAGCUACGCGCAUCAUCGCCUCGUGGUAUAGAUACGCUCAGAUUCCAAACAUCGGCGUCGACAGUAAUAAGAACAUUGAUGCCCGUGAUCCUGCAGCGUCAAACGCUCUGCUUCAAGCAGCAGUGGAGGGUCACGUCCUGGUCAAGAACAUCAACAACGCUUUGCCUCUGAGGGCCCCUUCUACCUUGAACCUGUUUGGAUAUGAUGCCGUUGGUGGUCUCAAUGGAACUUCCGGCUUAGGAUCUGGCGGUCUUGCCAACACUCAAACGUUUACUGAUGGUCGACCCUUCAAAUCACUGGAGUACAUAUCUUUCGUCACUGCUUUUGCGCCAGACUCGUUCAAUGCACCCACCGUGGCACUGAAUGGCACUCUCCUGAGUGGUGGCGGCAGCGGCAGUAUCACCCCCAGCUCCUCCACCUCUCCUUUCGAUGCUUUCAGGCGUCAAGCUGCUAUGGACAACACAACUCUUCAUUACGACUUCGUCUCCACAAGCCCACUCGUUCAAGAACCAAACAAACCAUGCAUUGUGUUCAUCAAUGCACAGUCGGUCGAAGGCUCGGACCGAAGCGCUUUGAGUGACGACUACUCCGACAACCUCGUGCGUUCGGUUGCCUCUCAAUGCUCCAAUACUAUUGUCAAUAUUUACAACGCCGGUAUCCGCAUCGUUGACAGCUGGAUUGAUCAUCCCAAUAUCACUGCCGUUAUCUUCGCUCAUACACCCGGUCAAGAAAGCGGAAAUGCAUUGAUCGAGAUCAUGUACGGCAAACAGUCGCCUUCUGGACGUCUUCCUUACACCGUAGCAAAACAAGAGUCAGACUAUGGAGCACUUCUUGGCCCGAGCUAUGCAGAUGCCAACAACCCGUUAUACCCCCAGUCCGAUUUCUCCGAAGGUCUCAACAUUGACUACAAGCACUUCAUCAGCCAGGGCAUUACACCUCGCUUUGCUUUUGGCUACGGCUUGACAUACUCGACUUUCAACUAUUCGUCCUUGCAAGUCACGAAGCAAGCCGGUGCCAUCACAUCGGCCACGCCGCCUGACGCAAACAGCAGAGGCCCCAUACCUCAAGGAGGAUUGAACUCGCUGUAUGACAUUAUCGCCACUAUCACCAUCCAAGUGACCAACACAGGCAAGGUCUCUGCCGCAGAAGUAGCUCAGCUUUACGUUGGUAUUCCUGGAAGUGGACAACCAAAAGUGCUUCGUGGGUUUGAGAAACAGCUCAUCCAACCAGGCAACUCGGCCACAUACUCAUUCCCGCUGCGACGCAGAGACUUGAGUAUAUGGGACACUGGUGCUCAGCAGUGGAGAUUGCCUUCAGGCACAUUUGCUUUGAAUGUUGGCAAGAGUGUUUUGGAUAUCCAGCUCCAGGGGACAUUGCAGCUGUAA